AUGAACGACUUACGAAGGAGAGCCGACAAGUAUAUGCAAAUGAAAGAGUUAGCCGAAUACCGCAAUCAAGCCUGUGCCGAAUCAGUGAGCAAGGCCGAAAAGCCAGCGGAACAACCAUUCAGAGGGAAAGCCAAAGAAAUAACACUGCGAGACCGACCCACUUGUGGGCCAAAAUACUCUCACUACACCCCCCUGAAUGCCAGCAGGGCAGCGGUGCUAGAGCAAGCCCUUGCGGCCGAAGUGCUAGCAAUUCCGAAGCGAGCUUCUACCCCACCACGUGCCGAUACCAGCAAAACUUGCAGGUAUCACCGCAACCGUGGACAUUCUACUGAAGAGUGUGCUGCCCUUAGGGAUAAAAUUGAAGAUUUGAUCAAGCAGGGACAGCUUUAUAACUUCGUCGAUCGGUUAGGAUCAUCUUGGCCUCGCUCAACAUAUCAACCUCGCCACCAGGAUCGGCAUAGACAUGAUAAUUCUGAGAGGACUCGGCGUGACCGAAGCAGGUCUCGUGAUAGGAAGGACGACCCACCGGCUGCGCAUAGGAGGGUUAUUAAUACAAUCGCAGGAGGAUUCGCCGGAGGAGGUUCAACUUCCUCAGCUCAAAAGAGACAUUUGCGUGCUAUUCGCUCGGUUCACGUCGUUGAUAGGCAGCCCUCCCGAAGAUUACCAACCAUAAUCUUCAUUGAUGCUGACUUUCAAGGCAUUGACACCGUGCAGGACGAUCCAAUGGUGAUCAGCGUAGAAAUUCACAAUUGCAUAGUCAAGAAAACAUUGGUUGACCAGGGCAGCUCGGCGGAUAUUUUAUACUGGAAUAUCUUCAAACAGUUAGGUAUUUCCGAGACGGAGUUAAUCCCUUACGAUGACCCCUUGGUUGGAUUCUCAGGAGAACGGGUAAGCACCAAGGGAUAUAUUAAGUUAUUCACUCGUUUUUGUUUUGACGAACAAGAAAGUAGAGUAAUUCAGGUGAAAUACAUUAUGGUGCAUGCCAACACGUCUUAUAAUAUCCUUCUCGGUCGGCCAUCAUUGAACAUGCUGGGGGAAAUUGUCUCGACACCGCACUUAGCAAUGAAGUUCCCAUCCGACAAAGGGAAGAUCCUUACAAUCCACGCCGAUCAGAAAGCUGCUCGGGAAUGCUACUUCGCAAGUCUGCGCGUAUCUCCCGUCGAAGAACAGCGACAAAAAUCCAAACGGGUUCAUGCUAUAGCUCCUUCGGCAUCUGACGCGUUGGUCGUUGGGAUCUUGAUCCAAGAAUGA